GGGGCUGGUAGGCGCCGGCGUGGAGCUGCCGCACGUGGGAGGGCGCUGGCCCGGCAGCCACUGUGGCCUCUGCGGCUAGGCCGGCUCGCGACUCCCGGGCGCCCAGGCGCUGCCGCACGCCUUGUCGCGCCACGCUGAAGGACCACGCGCCCACCGUCGCCAGCCUCUCAGCGCUCCCAUGAUCGCCCGGUGCCUUUUGGCUGUGCGAAGCCUCCGCAGAGUUGGUGGUUCCAGGAAUUUACUCAGAAUGACAUUAGGAAGAGAAGUGAUGUCUUCUCUUCAGGCAAUGUCUUCCUAUACUGUGGCUGGCAGAAAUGUUUUAAGAUGGGAUCUUUCACCAGAGCAAAUUAAAACAAGAACUGAGGAGCUCAUUGUGCAGACCAAACAGGUGUAUGAUGCUGUUGGAAUGCUCGGUAUUGAGGAAGUAACUUAUGAGAACUGUCUGCAGGCACUGGCAGAUAUAGAAGUAAAGUAUAUAGUGGAAAGGACCAUGCUAGACUUUCCCCAGCAUGUAUCCUCUGACAAAGAAGUACGAGCAGCAAGUACAGAAGCAGACAAAAGACUUUCUCGUUUUGAUAUUGAGAUGAGCAUGAGAGGAGAUAUAUUUGAGAGAAUUGUUCGUUUGCAGGAAACCUGUGAUCUGGGGAAGAUAAAACCUGAGGCCAGACGAUACUUGGAAAAGUCCAUUAAAAUGGGGAAAAGAAAUGGGCUCCAUCUUCCUGAACAAGUACAGAAUGUGAGUUUCCUUUUCUUACCAGAAAAAGAAAUGUUUGCAGGUGCUCUUCCUGAUGAUUUCAUUGAUAGUUUAGAAAAGACAGAUGAUGACAAGUAUAAAAUUACCUUAAAAUAUCCACACUAUUUCCCUGUCAUGAAGAAAUGUUGUAUCCCUGAAACCAGAAGAAGGAUGGAAAUGGCUUUUAAUACAAGGUGCAAAGAGGAAAACACCAUAAUUUUGCAGCAGCUACUCCCACUGCGGGCCAAGGUAGCCAAACUACUCGGUUAUAGCACACAUGCUGACUUCGUCCUUGAAAUGAACACUGCAAAGAGCACAAGCCGCGUAACAGCCUUUCUAGAUGAUUUAAGCCAGAAAUUAAAACCCUUGGGUGAAGCAGAACGAGAGUUUAUUUUGAAUUUGAAGAAAAAGGAAUGUGAAGACAGGGGUUUUGAAUAUGAUGGGAAAAUCAAUGCCUGGGAUCUAUAUUACUACAUGACUCAGACAGAGGAACUCAAGUACUCCAUAGACCAAGAGUUCCUCAAGGAAUACUUCCCAAUUGAGGUGGUCACCGAAGGCUUGCUGAACACCUACCAGGAGUUGUUGGGACUCUCAUUUGAGCAAGUGACAGAUGCCCAUGUUUGGAACAAGAGUGUUACACUUUAUACUGUGAAGGAUAAAGCUACAGGAGAAGUACUGGGACAGUUCUAUUUGGACCUGUAUCCAAGGGAAGGAAAAUACAAUCAUGCGGCCUGCUUUGGUCUCCAGCCUGGCUGCCUUCUGCCUGAUGGAAGCCGGAUGAUGGCAGUGGCUGCCCUCGUGGUGAACUUCUCACAGCCAGUGGCAGGUCGUCCCUCUCUCCUGAGACACGACGAGGUGAGAACUUACUUCCAUGAGUUUGGUCACGUGAUGCAUCAGAUUUGUGCACAGACUGAUUUUGCACGAUUUAGCGGAACAAAUGUAGAAACUGACUUUGUAGAGGUGCCAUCGCAAAUGCUUGAAAAUUGGGUGUGGGACAUCGAUUCCCUCCGAAGAUUGUCAAAACAUUAUAAAGACGGAAGCCCUAUUUCAGAUGAUCUGCUUGAAAAACUUGUUGCUUCUAGACUGGUCAACACAGGUCUUCUGACCCUGCGCCAGAUUGUUUUGAGCAAAGUUGAUCAGUCUCUUCAUACCAACACAUCACUGGAUGCUGCAAGUGAAUACGCCAAAUACUGCUCAGAAAUAUUAGGAGUUGCAGCUACUCCAGGCACAAAUAUGCCAGCUACUUUUGGACAUUUGGCAGGGGGAUACGAUGGCCAAUAUUAUGGAUAUCUUUGGAGUGAAGUAUUUUCCAUGGACAUGUUUUACAGCUGUUUUAAAAAAGAAGGGAUAAUGAAUCCAGAGGUUGGAAUGAAAUACAGAAACCUAAUCCUGAAACCUGGGGGAUCUCUGGACGGCAUGGACAUGCUCCACAAUUUCUUGAAACGUGAGCCAAACCAAAAAGCGUUCCUAAUGAGUCGAGGCCUGCAUGCUUCGUGAACUGGGGAUCCUUGGUAGCCGUCCAUGUCUGGAGAACAAGUCAACAUCACUGUGUGUUACUGGCCUGGAAACUGAAGGGAGUUUUACAAGUGAAAAUUUAGAUUUCUAUUGACAUCCUUUUGUUUUCUAAUUUUAAAAAUUAUAAAGAUGUAAAUGGAAUUAUAAAUACUGUGACCUAAGAAAAGACCCACUAGAAAGUAAUUGUACUAUAAAAUUUCAUAAAACUGGAUUUGAUUUCUUUUUAUGAAAGUUUCAUAUGAAUGUAACUUGAUUUUUUACUAUUAUAAUCUAGAUAAUAUGAUAUAAGAGGGCUAAGAAUUUUAAAAUUGAAUCAUAUACAUGAUAUAAUUUGAUCUUUCUUGUAUCUUGAAGUUUUGUACUUGGGAUUUCUGGACUGAUAAAUGAAUCAUCACAUUCUUCUGGUAAAUAUUUUCUUGGAGCUCUGUGUCAACUUUGAUCCUUUGUCUCCCAAGAAGGUGUGACCUCUCCUUUGCCUGCAUACCUCAAGGCCAGGGGAAUAUGCCUCAGUGAUGCAUUUUUUGUAUAUCAGGCCGCGUGAUUCCCAACUUUCUGCCAUACUUAAAUUACGUUCCUCCAUUUGAGUUUUGUCUUUUCCGUCCAAAGUGCAGUCAAGAGUAUCAAAAACUUAUGUUUCGAUUAGACUGGUCUAAUGUAUAAGUUUUUGUAUCUUGUAUUAGAGGAUUUCGUAGCUUGUAUGAGAGGCUCAUUUCCACUUCAGCAUACAAGAUCAUUAGUCUUUUGGCAUGUGUGCCAAUUAGAAUACUAAAGCAAGUCCAAGCACAUUUUUGUCUUUUCGUGUUUCUGAUAAGUGUUAGGGACUUUGCCUCUUUUGCUUACUACAUCCCCAAAAGUGUCAGGUAGACAUUUCACAAAUGGCUCUGUAGAGAGCCAUGGGAAGAGAGAGGAGGUGGAUGUGGAACAUAAAGGGUUCAGAACCUCCAGAACAGGAAUGGGUUUUGGACAGAAGCAUUUUAGGACAGCUGCUCCAAAGCCUUAUGUGUAUGAUGAAACUUAACCACAGGGAAGAGACUCUUCAGUAGCCUGUUCCGUCAGGUGAUUUUUAUUUUAAGUGAACCUUUGGAUCUAUCUUUAACUCUCUUUAUUGUGAGUCUAAAUUCCAAUUCUGCAGCAGACAGUAAACUCACAGUAUUUUUCCUGUAGGAAUCUAUUCAAUAAAGGAAACCAAGACAGGAUAAUAAAAUUAAAAAAAAAAAAAAAAAAAAACUUUGAAUGUACCCUGCCUAGGUCUUCUAGUUGUUUUCCAGGGCAUACCUCAGGUAUGACUUUGCUAGCCAGGGACAAAAUUAGCACCUUUCGAUUCUCUAGUCCAAGUGAACUUUGUGCUAAAUAAAAAAUUAUUAUACUACAUAACAAAAUUACAGACAGCAGGAGAUGCAAGAGCUAGGAGAUUCCUAGAUUAUAUCUGCCAAGCAAAUACCUUAAACAUCCACCUGAAAUCCUACUACCCUCUAUUCUGAGAUAAUUUGCCCAGCCCUUCUCUUCCCCACACUCACUCAGUGUCACCCCCGUCUAGUCCCCAAAACUGUUUUUGUGGUCUUUGCAGCCUAUAGUAGUUUUCUCACAUCUUCCCCCCCUCCCCAAAGACUUUUCUGUUUUCCAGUUUCAGACAAAAAAAAACUCUUCAGCUUUUUCCAGUGUGUCUCCUUAACAGCAACUUUACCAUUUGAAAUCUUAUUUCACACAGAAAAACUAAAUUGGUGUGGAAAGGCUGCACACAAUAAAGUUAUAUUAUUAUCCAUGA